UACUAAAUAUACAAUAUUCUUCAACAGAAAAGGAGAAAAUGCUGCAAAACAUCUCCUUGACGACAAAGAAGAUUUCCUAUCAAGGGAGGUAAUUCAGUUUGCUCACAAGAGAAAAUAUGCAAUUGGAUUAGAUAUAGACAUAAAAAAAACAAAAUGGGAGAUAUUGAUUUGAAAAGGAACCCACAAUUCCAAGUCUCUGGACUUCCUGAUGCAGUAAAGAUGAAUCAGCUGCAGAAUUUGCUGCAUGAUGCACUGAUUUCCACUGACCAUGUGCAGCACUGUGCCAUCAUCAGACGCAAGGACUGUAACAUCAGAGCUAGUUCUGUAGGGUUUAAUCUUCACCAAGAACAAGUACAGAUUUUACUAGAUGCUUUUAAAAAUCCCCCACAGACAAGAGAAGAAGGAAUUUACUUUGAUGAUAGACAAUACAAAUGUGUGCGAGCAGACAAGAACUCCAUAUAUGGUAAAUGUGAUAAAAGAGGACUUAUUUUAGUGAGAACACAAUCUAUGUUGUUAAUAUCCACUUACUCAGAGAAUAUGUUUCCUAGCGUAUGUGUAGAGGCUGUAGAAAAACUAGCUGAUUAUUUUAAGGAGAAGGGAAAGUGAGGAUCAUGGAGGAUAGUAUCUGAAUGUUGCAAUAUGGAAAUUGACCUAUCAGUAUCAGUACUUCCAUACAGAUUUGUGAUAAAGAUAUGGAGAUUGUAAAACUGCUGAAAUUCUGAAAGAAAACUGUUUAUAAUCAUUCCGUCCAUUAAUAUAAAUUGUGAUAUUGUUAUUAGAUUUAUAUGUAUUUGUUUAUUGAAUGAUAGAUUGAGCGAUAAACUUUUUCUUAUGUUUUAUUUAACAGUUUAAGUUACAGCUUUGCAAAUGACCCCAUAAAAAAUGCAAUAUUUA